AUGGAUUUAGGAAAGAGACUAUUAACUCCAGAACUUGUCGAAGAAAGAGAAUACAGAAAAGCUUUACUAUUAAAAGUAAAACCCAUCUAGGCAGAACUGGAAACCUCACUCGCUGAAAAAGAUUUAGCUAGCUGAAAAAGAAACCAAAGCUAUCAAAUAGAGCGGCCAAACACCUAUAGUCCAAUCUUCAUGUAUAAGCGAAAUGAUCCCUACAAGCCUUCCCCAAAUCUUUCACAAAGUAUAGAAAAAUCAGACAGUUCCCAAAAAAAUUCUUAUAUAGAGCUCGAAAACAGUGGCAAAAAAAUAGAAAACCAUAGAGAAGAAGGAUUUAAGAAAAAAUAUGAAGAAAUUUGUGAAAUUUAUAAAAAUGAGACAGCUUUGUAUAGAGAUGAAAUCGAUAGGCUCAACCAAAUUAUAGAGGUAGGAAAUAAAGGAGUAGUUGAAAGCAGAAAAAGUGAUGAAAAAUUGUUAGAAAAAUUAAAAACAAAAAAAGAAGAAGUAAAAGAGUUGAAGCAGAAGCUUAAAGAAAAAGAACGUAUAAAAGAUAAAGAAUUUAAAGAGUUAGAGAUGCAGACUGAAAGGAUUAAAAAUUAUGUAAAAACUGAAAUGGAGAUGGAAAAUAAAAAAAAUGAUGCGAAUGGGACUAAAGCAAAAAGAAAACUGUCACAAGGAAAUGCAAUUCUAAGACCUAGAAGCAGUGAACCUUCCAGAAUAAUCUGCAUUUAUUCGAUUAAUUAGGAUUUUUACCUUUUGCUUUGAGUAAAAUACCAAUUUAGCCCCUAGUAUUCAGAUUAUCUCUAGUUUUUAUCUACCAAUAUCGAAGAAGCCUAAUUUUGUUCUAAUUUAGAUAGCUACCUUUCAGCCUACAGUAAACUAAUUUUGAUCAGCCAGCAUCUAAAAGCCCACGGUCUUUAUCCCUGAGGCAAGAUACAUUGUGAAGCCAAACUCAAAAUGACCAUAAUAUUUUCUGUCCUGUACAACAGAAAAUUCUUAUGAUGCCAUAUUUUAUCUUCCAUAAUAAGCCAACAAAACAGGACAUUAAAAACCAAAAAUAACACACAAAGUCAGCCAAAUAUAAAACAAAUCGCAGCAGCUAAAGAAGAAUUACAGGGACUCGAAGAAAAGAAAAAAGAAAUUUUAGAAGAAAUUAAAAACCUUGAAAAAGAAAGAAAUAAAUUAAAUAAGCCUUGAAAAGAUGUAAAAGCGUAUUAUGAAGAAAGAGUCAAAUUUUUAGAAAAUGAGCUGAGUAAUUGAAGAGCAAAAGCUAUAGAUUUAUCAACAAAAUACGCUAUUAAAAAAUAAUAAAUUCAUAGGCAACAUACAGCUUUCCUUAUAUUUUAAAAAUAAAUAGCCUUUAUCUAUUCAAUAAGAAAAAUAAUUUUAUCCAAAUGGGCAUAUUUUUCUGCUUUAAAAGCAUUAAAAAUUGAAAUGAGAGAAACCAAAAUCCAAUGCUCAAACCACAAGCGGAACUCUAAAAAACAGUUUGACGAUACUGUAAACCAAUUAAAAGACCAUUAUGAGUCUGUUAUAUCAAGGCUCCAAAAGUAUUGUGAAAACUUGGAAAAUAAGUCUAAGAAGAAAAAGAAAGCCAAAAUAAUUUAA